GCUUCGGGGUUUUGCAACUGGCAGCUGGCUGUUUCUCCCUCCCCGCUCUGUCUCCCUCCGUUUAGGUUGCUCCACCCCGCCCCGAUCCGGCGAGGGGGGACCGCCGGCUGCGGCUGCCAGGCCGCCCGAGCGCGCCUGCGAACUCGCGGAGCGGAGCUGCCUCCCGCCGCCCGCGCGCCGUCCGCGCCCCGGGCCCGCGGCCCCACGCGCCAGCCUGCCCCGCUCUGCCCCGCUCUGCCCCGCGUGCAAUCACAUGGCAUUUUAAGAAUGCCGGAAAGAUGGCGGUAGCGGCGGCGGCGGCGGCGGCGGCCGGGCCGAGCGGCGGGGGCGGCGGCCGGGCGCAGCGGAGCGGGCUGCUGGAAGUUUUGGUGCGGGAUCGCUGGCACAAAGUUCUGGUGAACUUGAGCGAGGACGCCCUGGUGCUGAGCUGCGAGGAGGGCGCUGCGGCGUACAACGGCAUCGGGACCGCCACCAAUGGCUCGUUCUGCAGGGGCGCCGGGCACCCAGGCGCGGGCGGCACGCAGCCCCCGGACUCACCGGCCGGGGUGCGCACCGCCUUCACCGACCUGCCCGAGCAGGUGCCCGAGUCCAUCUCGAACCAGAAGCGUGGCGUGAAGGUGCUGAAGCAGGAGCUGGGCGGGCUGGGCAUCAGCAUCAAGGGGGGCAAGGAGAACAAGAUGCCCAUCCUCAUCAGCAAGAUCUUCAAGGGGCUGGCGGCGGACCAGACCCAAGCCCUGUACGUGGGCGACGCCAUCCUGUCGGUGAACGGAGCGGACCUGCGGGACGCCACCCACGACGAGGCGGUGCAGGCGCUGAAGCGCGCUGGCAAGGAGGUGCUGCUGGAAGUGAAGUACAUGCGAGAGGCCACGCCCUACGUGAAGAAGGGCUCCCCGGUGUCCGAGAUCGGCUGGGAGACGCCGCCGCCCGAGUCCCCGCGCCUGGGGGGCGGCCCCAGCGACCCGCCGGCGUCCUCGCAGUGCUUCUCCUUCCACCGGGAUCGGAGGAGCAUCCCGCUCAAGAUGUGCUACGUCACCCGGAGCAUGGCCCUGGCUGACCCCGAGAACAGGCAGCUUGAAAUCCACUCUCCAGAUGCUAAGCACACAGUGAUCCUAAGGAGCAAGGACUCAGCCACUGCCCAGGCCUGGUUCAGUGCCAUCCAUUCCAACGUUAGUGACCUGCUGACCCGAGUGAUUGCUGAGGUCAGAGAGCAGCUGGGGAAAACAGGCAUUGCUGGGAGCCGAGAGAUCAGGCACCUGGGCUGGCUUGCAGAAAAGGUGCCCGGGGAGAGCGAGAAGCAGUGGAAGCCGGCCCUGGUGGUUCUGACCGAGAAGGACCUUUUAAUCUAUGACAGCAUGCCCCGGAGGAAGGAGGCCUGGUUCAGCCCGGUUCACAUGUACCCUCUUCUCGCCACCAGGCUGGUCCAUUCAGGUCCAGGGAAAGGAUCGCCCCAGGCUGGCGUGGAUCUGUCCUUUGCAACGCGAACAGGUACCAGGCAGGGCAUUGAAACCCAUCUGUUCAGGGCUGAGAUCGGCAGGGACCUCUCCCACUGGACGCGGAGCAUAGUACAGGGUUGCCACAACUCGGCUGAGCUCAUCACCGAAGUCACCACAGCCUGCACCUGCAGAAACCAGGAGUGCCGUCUGACCAUACAUUAUGACAACGGAUUUUCUGUCACCACUGAACCUCAGGAGGGUGCCUUUCCCAAGACAAUCAUACAGGCUCCAUAUGAAAAGUUGAAAAUGUCUUCAGAUGAUGGAAUCAGGAUGCUGUAUUUAGAUUUUGGAGGCAAAGAUGGAGAGAUUCAACUGGACCUUCAUUCCUGCCCCAAGCCGAUCGUUUUCAUCAUCCAUUCCUUCCUGUCAGCUAAGAUUACAAGACUGGGCCUGGUGGCCUGAGCAGAGGGCGACCUGCCUUGGGAGGAGGGCUGCGAUGCCACCAGGUAGCGCCAUCAGACUCGCCUGCCGGUCAGCUUUGGACCCCGAGUCCGCGUCCCUGUCCCAGACUCCUCUUGUCGGUCCACCAACUACAAGGAGGCAUCCUGAGAAAACACCGCAGGGCACAUCAGCAUAAACUGUCUUUUCAGAGCAGUAAACGGGUGCAGAGAGGGCGAUUGGAAACACACGGCCUAGCUUUUGACAAUCAAGGACCUUAAGCAGAACCGCGUGCGCAGAUCUUAAUCAGACCAGUUUCUAGGCAACUGGUUCACCCAGGUAAGCAAGGGCUGAGUAGCAAGAUGAGAAAUGGCCAUUUCCACCUCUCACCUCCCCAUAACCGCCCUUUGUUUGUGAUUUAUUUCCUACUUCUGAGUUGACUUUCCCUGGAAAGGAAAGAAAAAUAAAUGGGAACCCACCUUUUAAGUAU